AUGGACGGAACUCUGCGAAAUACGCCAACACCUAUAGCAUCCGAGGAACGUGAGAAGGAGAGACUCAGAGAGGAGGCUCUACCGGCUGUCGUAGAGACGAGUUUUGAAGCGUCUACCAUCCGCCCUGUGACGGCGUCUACCUCGUCUGGAUCGGGACCAGGCUCACGGGGCUCCGACACCACCAACAAGAGCAUCACCUCAAAUCCUCAGCCUGGAAGAUCUGGAUCUGUGGCUGCGACUAGUGCAUCAGGGUCGUCAGGUCCGAACAUCGAAGUUUACGAUGUGAGCUCGCCGUCUCAAUACUCAAGCACGCCGCCUCAACACUCGAGCACACCACCCCAAUACUCGAGCACGCCGCCCGAACACUCAAGAUCUAAUUCGUACAACGUCAUUCGUUAUGCUAAAUCUACUGAGAGCAUGACUUCGGUUCAAUAUGCCCAGGUUCGCCCGCCUACAGCUCAGUCAUUGUCUGCAAGCAGUGCUUGGGAUUCCAGCGAGGCCGAGAACCUGCCACCACUUUCCGUGGCUAAGAAGCGAUCGCACAUGCACUCGGCAUCGGCUGGUGCAGUGCGCUUGUCAAAUCUCUCCACGAUCGCGUCCGAGUCCGAACCUUCAAGUCAAUCAAUCAUACGUGAAUCGAGCAGUUCAACGGCUGACAUCUUCACAUCGCCACCCGUAGUGCUCCCCUCUUCGCAAUCGGGGAAUUGGUAUGUUAGACGCCAGACCAUCGGCUCUAGCUCAUAUUCGUCGAUGAUGACCGAUAGCAACUACCAGACAGUGUCAACUGAGAGCUCUCGCUGGGAGCUGAACCGGGAAAACUCUGCAGUUCCAGAGCCUUUGUUCUCGAGCAGUCCUCGUGACACUCAACAGCUGAGUAGCCCAAUGAUCACCCACCCGAGUUCAUCAGGUGUCCACGAACUUGCUGGCGAUGUUCCAUCAGAGCAAGAUGACACCAUUGCCGAACUUCAGUCUCAUCCGUUGCGUACUCAAAGAUCGGGUCUCAUGUCCCGCGGGAGAUCAGCCUCUGAGCCUCGCCCUCUCUCUGCACGCUCAAGUCAUACCCUGGCAACAAUGUACAACCCUGACCGCGGCUCUCAAGGCUCUUCUAUCUUCCCGCAAUGGGCCAAAUCCUUCUACCGCGGGAAGCUGCAAUUCCCUCCUGGAAAUGAGAGUACUGUCAGUCUCGCUCUUUCAGACGGGCAGAUACCGCCUCACAGCUCGGCUUCUCAAUCUAUGCGUAUGAUGCCAUGGGCUCAUCAUCGCCGCUGGGAAAGCGCCGGAAACAGCUUGAUGAGCAUGCAACAGUCAUCUCAAGGUGGCACGCCUCGCAGCACGUCUCCAAAGUCUUCUCACUUCCUACCAAGCAUCUUCCGCCCUUACCGACCUCGAGCAAACAUGAACCAGAGCCAGUCUACCAACACCAUGUCUGUAACACGGAGCAGUAGUCUUGCUGAGCUAUACGUCGAUGAGAGCCAGCUUGAUUUUGCUGACAGUGACGACGCCAGCUCAAGGUCAAGCUCGACCGACAGUAUGGCUAUCACGACGAUUCCUCGUGGCAGGCACAACUCCGCAGCUGCCUUCCAACCACCUCGUCGGCAACAAACAGUCAACUCUGGACGCGCGAUACCCCGUGAGCAGACAAACAGCUCUUUCUACCCGCAAUCUCUCGCCGCUAGCCACAUGUACAACACACCUCCUCAUCUCGCACCUUCUCGCCGCCUUUCCCACCGCNNUCUCUCCACUUGGCGCGCCCCCAGCUUCGACGAAGCCCUGAACACCCUCGUCUUGUCCCGUGGCAACCGCCAGAUACUGUUUUUCUGCCUUGGUUUCUUGUGCCCAUUCUUCUGGAUGAUCGCAGCAUUUUUGCCCUUGCCACAUAGGCCCGUGGAAGCCACCAUGGUCAAUCUCGAAUCUUCCAUCCAAGACUUCUCCGAGCUCGAAGGCGAGAAGAGCCAUUACCCUCGUGGUAUGCAGCUCGAGAUGAGGCACUGGGAUCUAGAGCGCAAGUACCUCAAAGCUCGUUGGUGGAGGAAUCUCAACCGCAUCAUGAGUUUUGUUGGCGUUGGCAUCAUCGGCGCCAUUGUCGCUCUUGCCGUCAUCGCUGCCAGAUGA